AUGCCUUAUAAUAAGGAUGGAGGGAGUAGGAAAAAAGCAGCUUUCUUGGGUGUCAUCUUUUGUUAUCUGGACCAGGAAUUUCAUCAUUCAACUUUAGCCAUCCAACAGUUUAGUCAAAAUUGGUGCUUUCAAUUCAAUUUGUUGUGCCAUUGAAAGUAAAUAAACUACUUCACUCUUCUGGAGCUCAUCAGGUUAGCAGGAAAAUUGGUUCUCCAUCUUCUUCUUUAUCAUGGAAAAGGGCAAAACUCUUCAUGUGGUGAUGUUCCCAUGGCUAGCCAUGGGGCAUUUCAUACCCUUUCUGGAGCUCUCCAAACACUUAGCCCGGAAAGGUCACAAAGUCUCCUUCAUUUCUUCACCAAGAAACAUCCAAAAACUCCCAAAAUUUUCCCAAGAUUUGGCUCCUCUGAUUGAGCUAGUAAGCAUUCCCCUGCAGAGAAUUGAAAACUUGCCAGAGGAAGCAGAGUCUUCCAUGGACAUUCCCCGCGACAAACAGCGGUACCUGAAGAUGGCUUUUGAUUUGCUUCAAUCACCAGUUGCCACUUUUCUUGAAGGAACAAAGCCAAAACCAGACUGGAUCAUAGUUGACUAUGCUUCUUACUGGUUACCCCAAAUAGCAGCUAAAAUCGGCAUCUCAACCGCCUUUUUCAGUCUCUUCACUGCAGCCACUUUGGCAUUUUUUGGACCUCCAUCAUUCGUGUUGAAUGGAGAAGAUGACAGGACAACCGCUGAGAGCUUCACAAUAGUGCCUAAAUGGAUACCGUUCCAAUCUAAUGUUACCUUCCGCCUCCAUGAAAUGAUCAAGAGUUUUGAGGAUUCAUUCAGCCAAGAAUCAGUGGUUUCAGAUCCUAUCAGGUUUGCGACUUCUAUUCAGGAAAGUGAUCUGGUAGUCGUUAGGACUAGUGUUGAAUUCGAGCCCGAAUGGGUUGAUCUUGUUCGCGAACUUUACAAGAAACCAGUUGUUUCAUUAGGUGUUCUACCUCCAUCCCUGGAAGACAAAGAUGAAUCCGGAACUGAUGAAAAGUGGCUUGAAAUCAAGGGAUGGUUAGAUAAUCAGAGUGGAAGCAGAGUUGUUUAUGUAGCACUUGGAACUGAGGCAACACUUAGCGAAGAAGAAGUCCAAAAAAUGGCACUUGGAUUGGAGCAAAGCGAGCUGCCAUUCUUUUGGGUACUAAGGAAGCCACCAACAUCAGUGAAAGAUGUUUUGGAGAUGCUUCCAGAAGGAUUCAUGGGGAGAAUCGCGGCCAAUAGCCGUGGAAUGGUGUGCACGGAAUGGGUUCCGCAGGUGAAGAUACUGAGCCAUCCAGCAGUCGGAGCAUUCUUAACUCAUUGUGGUUGGAAUUCAGUCAUUGAGGCGCUUGGUUUUGGUCGAGUUUUGGUAUUAUUUCCAUUGAUAAAUGAGCAAGGGCUGAAUGCUAGGCUCCUGCAAGAGAAGCAAGUCGGCGUGGAGAUACCGAGAGAAGCAGAAGAUGGCUUCUUCACCAGCGCAGCUGUGGCUGAUACAUUGAGAUUGGCAGUGUUGAGUGAAGAGGGAGAAUCAAUCAGGGUUAAAGCCAGUGAAAUGAAAAGUUUAUUCGGUGAUUCUGAUCUGAACCAAAGCUACAUGGACAGUUUCAUUCGCCAUCUAGGAGAGGCAAGAAUUCAAAAAACAUCAAACCGAUUGUCCAAAUAAUUUCUCCCACCAAAGGCUAGGAGUCAUACACCUCUGGAUAAGAAUUGGCUUUAUUAUGUAACUAGCAUGGGCAACCGCACGGACCCGGAUUGUUUGAAGCCUUAAAAGGAAAUGAAAAUAUUUAGUUGAUUAUUUGUUUCGAAUGAGAGUGAUAAUUAAUAUCUCGACAAUAAUUUUAGGACGGAGAGAAUAUUUUCAAAGAAUUAGAGUUGAAUGAUUUGUUUAUCACAAGAAUGAACUGGAGUUUCAGGUUAGAUGUUAUAACUUGCAAGUAGAUCAUGUGUUUAUUUCUUCUUCCAUCAGAUGGGACUACUUAAUGUAAUGACAUGGAAGGUUUAUUGUGUAAAUUCUGAAUCUCAGUUGAUUUCGAAAUAAUAUUGCUUUUAUGUCAU